AUGAAGAAAGAUCUAAGUAAAAGACCAGUCAGAGCGAGGAGGAAGAAAACUAUGAAUUCGUUUUAUUAUAACAGCGAUUAUAGUAAUGACUUAAACAGCGAAGAUGGUAAAGGUCGAAUGAGCUGUCUAAAAAGAGGUGAAACGUCAGACGGAUUUGAAACAUCAGGGACGACUAAAACAAAGGAACAGAGAAAAUAUCAUGACAUGUAUAAUCACAACCAAAGGGUAGGAAACAACCCAAUGAUAAAUGACCUCGAUGUCAAUUCGAUCAUGUCCCAUGACAGUAAAAAAAACGACUUCUUUGACGAUAGUAACAACUUAAAAGAUUCAAGUGACAAUGAAAAAAGAAUCCGAAUAAAAAACCAUCGGGCGCAAAACGAUGAAAUGUUGGAUAUAAAAAAUGAAGUAAAAAUGGAACAUAAUGGAAGUAACAACUCACUUAGAGCAGAUAAAGGGAAGGGAUACAACGCAGGUGCAAAUGCUUCUAGCAAAACUAAUUGUAAUCGAACCAAACAUUUAUCCAAUAGUAGUGAAAAUAAUUAUGCCAAAAUGGCAGAGAAGUUACCCCACGUAGUUGGGGUUCGAUUUGACAAAUCACAAAACAGAUGGCUCUCCGGCAUUUGUAUUAAUGGAAGAUGCAUCAAUAGAUACUUUCCUGUUUAUAAGUAUGGGUUCGAGGAGGCCAGAAGGCUAGCCAUACAACACAGGAAAAAUUUCGAAACGGCUAAUUUGGGUCACUUGAAGAAGCAGCAGGGCGAAGCGAAAACGUCCCACCUAAACCUUUUGAACAUCAAUUCGCAAAUACCGAACGGAUUUAAAGAUAUCCAAGGGAAAAACAAACUCAUCUUCAAGUACCUUUCGUACGACUCCAUACAAAAGGAGUGGGUAGUCACGUACGACUACGACAACAAGGUCCUGGUUAACAAAUUCCCAGUGGAUAUAUAUGGUUAUAAUAACGCAUACGAAAUGGCAGUUCAGUGCAUCAACAGAUUAACCGUUUGUAAUCAGGAAAAAAUGUGUAAAAAUUCAAGCCAAGAUUCUAACCAAAGUACGAAUCAAAAUGUCAAUCAAGGUGUCGGUGCCAACGCCGGCCCAAUUGCAAAAAUGUUCAAGGGAGAUAAUAUGAAAGGAUUAAUUUCGUCAGAAAAUGACCUGAGCGACCAAGGUAGUGUUCUUUCUUCUUCCAUCUCACAACGUAAAGAAAAAACAAAUAAACUGUUUAACCUAGCAAACAAGCUAUUAACAACCCCCAUUAACAGUGAAGAAAUGAAUGGGCUAAUUGCCCAUCAUGAAAAUAAUAUAUACAACGGGGGGGGUAGUAGUAGUAGUAAACAUCAUUUCUUUGGAGGAGGAGGAGAAUACAAUAAUAACACAUACAGUGACUACAUGUCUGACAAGAAGCACAAAGUGGGACAAUCAGAUUCGGAUGUAGGAAAUCCGUGUUCGGAUAAAAAUAUACACCAAAAUGAAUAUAAUAAUUUUUACAAAAAUGAUACGUCAUUUUUGAGUAACGAUUUUCAUUACUUUAAUAAUAUCACAAAGCAGAUCAACUCCAACAAUAGCGUAAAUGAAAAUGAUGAAGAUGAUUUAUUGGCCGGUGUCAAAGGCUUAGCCCAUCGCGCAUUCGGAGGAAGUAACAACAACAGCGCAAAUGACAGUAAUAAUAAUGCUCAUUUUAAGCCAGACUUGUAUAACGACUCAAGUUAUACACCACUGAACGCUUCUAGUUAUCCUCUGCUAGAGGACGAUGGAAUUAUUGGAAGCGUAUUUGAUAGUCAUAAAAAUAUUCUCACAAAUAGUAGUAAUAGUAGUAAUAAUAAUAUGUCGGGCAAAAACAACAAUGAACCAUCAAGUUUGGCCUACUUGAGUAGUAUAAAAAGGAACAGUGAUGAGAAUAAUGCAAAGCUAUUGCAACUUGUGAACACCAGCCUUAUAGAUGAGGAAGACCAAAAUACUUACAACCUCCUGAACAACGUAUUUAAACAUAGCAAUAUGAAUAAUAAAUCCAUCGACAGUGGUAGCACCACGGUGAACCAUACCUUGGAUGAGGAGGAAAAUGAAAAGAGGACAUUAGGAGUAGUCAAAUGGAACCAUCUCAUAAAGAGCCAAGAGUUUGAUGCAGUAAACAAUAAUGAAAACUAUAGCAGUAAUAACCACAACGGCAUAAACAAUGCAUUUAGCAGUAGUAGUUUUAGUAGUACUAGUAAGAAGAAAAAAAAUUCUCUCUUUGAUGCAAGUACAAGUGAAGGUAUAACAAAUCCACAAAUUCUUGAAGCCUUUUUAAAAUUGAGUAGUGGAAAAGAUGCAGGAUUAGACUCAUCUAUAAAUUUGGAUGAAAGGGGGGACCACAUGAGGGAAGACAAACAUAUGCGACGUAGAUCAAGACACUUUGGUGAAGAUACCGUGGAGGGAAGCCACAGCGACGAAAAUGAUCUUGGCAAUCGGGCCGGGGCAAAACACGCCUUUGGCCAAUUUUUCCAAAGAGACAGAGACGCAGAAGAAGGAGGACAUGCCAACGAUGAUGAGGAGCAUGUGCAAAAUGAAGUACAAAAAAAACACAAAUUUAAUGAACAUUUAAAUUAUGAAAAUCUACUCAACCUCAACAAAAUGAUAAGAAACCUAAUGAACAAAAAUAAUAAUAGUAAUAGCAGUAAUAACGCUAAUAAUGAUGAUGAUGGUCAUGAAAAAAUUAUUAAAGGAAUUAACACUUUAAUAAAUUUGAAUACUCCCUCUGUGGUGGGUAGAACGGCUGAAAAUGUAACGAAUGAAAGCAGGGAUAAUGAACAACAGGGCAGUUUUGGUGCUUCCACCAUGAACGAACUCGAAAGUGUAAUCAAAAGGCACCUGGAAGCAUCUGUCAAUUAUGACGAUUACAUCACAGUGAAGGAUGAACAGGACGAUGAUGUGAUGAAUGUUGACACGGAACAAGGGGACGAAUCUAUUCCGGUAAAGGAUCUCGAAAGUGAAAGCCAAGUGAACUCUUCUCAGAAUGAUAUAGCUCUUUAUCAUACGAGCAGUAAUGGCGACGUUGUAGCGAACAAGCCAAGCAACGAUGAAGAGCCAAACGUAGUUAACCAGGAGGAGGAAAAAUUGAACGGGGAAAACAACUUGGAUGAGGAUACACAAACAAGGCAAGGGGAUGGUCUAGAGGAAAAUGUGGAAAAUAUAACCGACCAAAAUGUAGAGAACAACAAUGCACCAAACGAUACCAUGACAACAACGCAGGAGGAGGAUAAAUCAACGGAAAAAAACCAACUGGAGGAAAAAAAAACAAAACAAAACAUCGAAUGUAAAGAAAUUGCUAUGAUGUUAUACCCAUGGAAAAAAGGCAUACAGUGGAACGAACAAAGAAAUAUGUGGGUAUGCAAAUUGUGGGACGAAAGAGGAAAAGAAAUUACUAAACAUGUCUACGUAAAGAACAAAGAGGGAGUAGAAAUUGGUUAUAAAUACUGCUCACAAAUGAGAAUGAAUUCGUUUGCUUUUUACUUAACCAGUGAAUUGAACAAGUUCCCUACAAUUGAAGAAAUUUCGUAUGACCUGCAAAACCUGUGCUUUGUGGUGGACUACAAGGACGAGGAAAAGAGGACGUAUUCGUUUGAAGGGGGAAUAUGCAGGGCGUUCGAGGAUGCAGUGGAGUAUUUGAAUAAACGAAAGGGGGAGGAAAACAACGCAGCAGAAAAUGUAGAAAAGGGUGAAGAACAGAUUGGCGAACAGCUUGACGAUGGUGCUGAUCGUGGUCAUGGUCACAGCCAAACUGAGCGGGAGGAACAGGCGGAGGAGAAUAGCCAAGUGGACGACAACAAAAACACAGAUGAAAAUAGCCAAACGGAUGGCAAUAAACAAACGAAUGCCAACCACGGCCCGCACAACAUUACCGAUUUUGUCCAGGAUGAAAAGAAUCACGCCCAGCUAGACGACACCUUCAAAGAAUUGAAUUACUUCGAAUGUAGGCAAAAAUUACCAAGUAGUAAUACUUGUGAGCAGACCAAGUUAGCCUACAGCUUGAAACCUUGGGUAAAAGGAAUAAUUUGGGAAGAAAAAAUGAAAAAGUGGGUUGUAUUCUUUAAAGACAUAAAUAAAAACCUACGAAUCAGCUUUUUCAAUCCAUGUGACUAUAAUAACGAUGUUGUAUUGUCCUAUAAAAAAUGCUGUGAGUAUUUUCUUCAAGUUAAAAAAUCCAAUAACUUUGACGAGAAUAAGGAAGAUUUUUCAGAGUCCAUUCGAGACUUCAUUAACAAUUUUGAGUUUGACAAUAACACUAAUGAACAUCACCUCAAUGAACAUAACAAUGAGGAAGAUGCAGAUGCACAUGCAGAUGAUGGUGGUGCGGCAGGGACAGAUCUCAUUCAAGGCAACAAAGGCAAAAACGUAGAUUAUUAUAAUAAAGAUAAGGACCACAGCAAGUUCGGUGACUCUGCCCAGGUGAAUGCUAGCUUCUUCAGUAAAAUAAGAAACAUGCUCGUUUCCAUGGGAAAGGGAAAUAACAGUGGUAGUGGCAAUACGGGAAAAGACAACUAUGACGAUUAUGAUGACGAUGAGGAAGAGGAGGAUGCAGCUUAUAAGCAGCAGUUUCCAAAUGGCGGAAAAACGGCUGAAAAAAGAAAAUUCAUCAUGAUGAACAACGGAAAUGAUAGUAACAAUUUGAACUAUGCAGACCCAAGGAAGUUAAUAAAGCUAGAGUUACCCAACGAUGAACUUGCUCACUCCUCUCAGAAUGGGAACGACAUAAAGGGGAACAACGCUAUGGCGCUCCUUCAAGCCUAUAAAUACGCAGCAGAUCUAACCGAUCGAAAAGGCAAUGGAAAAGCAGACUUGCUCCUUAUGCAAAAUAGCGAUUUUUUUAACCAAUUGAGUCAUUCCAAUUUUGUUGAUAAUGAAAAUGAAAAGACAACGAAAAGGAAAAAAGGUAACAAGCGACACGUUGGAAAGGGAAAACAUGGCAUUGGAGAUAACGCAGAUAAUGCUACUGCGGGUAGCGAUAACGCAGAAAGUGACGAUGAUAACGAAAGUAACAUAAACAACCACGAAAGGAAUGAUGCAACUCGAAAUAGCAACAUUAGUGGUACGGUGCGAAAAGGACUAAUGGACAGCAAAAAAUAUUUUGACCUGCAUGAAAAUAGCCACCUACUUAAUGGAAGUAAUGACUACCUGUUGAAUGACGAAGAUGGAUGUUACAAAAUGGACUACUCUGGAUCGGACAGGCAAAAGAAGGGAAGUCUAACGAAUGAAUAUGGUUAUAACAGCACCUCCCACAACAACAGCAAUGCUUAUCAGGAGGAUGGCACGGCUACUGCAAGUGGGGCCGCGAAAUGCACCUUGGGAGGAGGAAGGGGAAUAAAAAACGAAGUAAAUUAUGAUUCGAAUUUUCUAGGAUCAAAUAACAUCGACUCCAGUAGUGACAUAAUGAUGAAUGGCAACAACGCGAGUAGUAAUCACAUAAAUUUGUUGAAGCAACAACAGGGAGUUGUAGCAGGAGCAGACAUUGCUGCUAUGUUAGAAUAUGUUAGAAAUAAUGCUGAUAACGCUACUGCAGCUAGUAAUACUACUACAACUACAACCACCAUGAACACAGACUUGACGCAUAAUAAUAAUAAUAAUAGUGGUAAAAGGGGAGGCCUGCGCAAUUAUGAAAAGUAUAAUACAAACGUGGACAAUAGAUCCCUUAACAAAAUCAAUGAGAAACUAGAUUGCCUUAUUGACAACAACAUAAAUGUGAGAUUGCCCAAAAGUGAAAUACUAAACCAAGCCGCUAGCUUGCCAAAGCUACAAGGAAUGUUCUUUGACAAGAGAAGAAACUACUGGACUGUGAGUGUAUGUGGAUUUAGAAAAUCCUUUGGAGUUCGAACCAGAGGGGUGUACCAAGCAUACAAAUUAGCUGCUGAAUUUCGUAACCGCAUUUUAGAAACAAACAAAGGAGGAAAAUGUUAUCCUCAAAAAAGCUCAAGUAUGUCUAGCAAUUACAAGUAUAAUGUAAAAAAUGCCAACAAUAAUGGACUCAUUAAAGAUGAAAAAGGAAAUUUUGCACAUGAGUCUUCUCUCCCAAAUGUGGAAGACGAAAAUUUAAAAAAAAAAACAAUGUCCUUAUGUAACAUGGGUAAUGGGAAUAAUGAUAAGGAUCUCGCUCCUUGUGGAGACACACGAGGUUUACCAGGUGUGGUAGGAAGUGGUGCCUUUGGCGCAAAGGGAAACAACAAUCUUGGAUUCGCUACCUCAAACAUUUAUGACUACCUUUGGGAUAAGAAGGCAACCGGUAUUGGAAACGUCUCCGCAAAUGGUACAGCGUGCACAAACACAAGUAAUUGUAGUACGGUCUGUGGUGCAGUUUGCACAGGAAUGUGCACUACAAUUGGGGGAAGCACAAUGUGUAGCGGAGCCUGUGGAAGUAUCUGCUCAGGCAACUGCAGUGGAAGUAAAAAGGACGUAACCAACAACAGUAGUACUAACAGCGUAAGCUACGACGAAAAUUGUGCCAAUUUGGAAGAUGAUAAAACAAACCUGAAUGGAAAGACUAAUAAGUGUAAUGGCGACAAGAGGCUCAGAGCAAAUUAUGGCCAAUCAAAGAAUGAAAAUGGGAUAAUGUCCAUGAUGACGGAUUCGAAUUUAAUGCACCUGUUAAAUGAAGGCACAGGAGCAGAAGCAUUGCUCAAAGAGAACAAAACUAACCUAUUGAAAAAAGCAAAUGCACACAAUCUCUCCUCUAGUAAUAGCGCCAUAAGCAACAACGGUGGAAACACUGCGAAUUAUUCUCCAACACAUAUAUACGAAGUGGAAAAUAUUAAUAAUAACCAGGAUUAUUAUCUGAAGGGGGAGGAUGGGAAAACGGAUUUGAAUAAAUCAGAAGAUUAUAAAAAUGGAAAAAGCAACAGUAGUAGCAACCAUGUGAGUCCAAACAUGAAUUUAAUAAAAACUGGUAUGAACAGCGAUGAUGGAAGCAAGACAGGCAACGUUAUUUUUGCUGGGCUGGACAGCGACGAUGGUCCAAACAACACCAGCGGAAUGGGAAGAGGCCUGGGAGAGGGAAACAACAACCUGCACAAAAUAUCAACCACUUUCGGCGAACACUGUACACAUGAUGAACCGUACGGAAAAAACGGCACCCAUAACGACUACGACACACAAGCACAAAACAAUAAAGCACUCACAGAAGUAGACCUGCUAAAUAAAUUGAUAUCGCAAAACAUCGACGAUAAUUUGUGCUUUUCUUAUUCAAAUAAUAUUGGUUACCCAGGAGACGAAAAUUAUGAACAUGGAAAAGAUGACCUAUUCAAAACGUUUAACUUCGAUGGGGAAAAUAAGGCAUUCAAUUUUGGUGGACUGCUAGACGAAACUGUUGAGGAAAGAGACAUACGAAUAAACAAAGAAGUCCACAAGUGCAAACUUGUUGAAGGACUCAUAUAUGACGAAGCGAACAAAUGCUUUAGAAUUAAAAUUAAUGGGUAUAGAAAAGCCUACUCAGUUAUAAGGCGCGGUGUUAAAGAGGCAUACAAAUUAAGCAUCGAGGCUAUCCACCAAAUUCGUAGACAAGCACACCUGGGAGGACUAGGAGCUCUGGGUUUAGGCCUGAACGACAGCAGCCCAAGCAGUGGAAACCUCCUGGCCGGAAAACUCAACAACACUUCCGACCAGGGACAAAUAAACGCUAACAACUUAACACACUUUUAUAACUCCAGCCCAGAAAACUCCAAACGUAACUCGCUCUACAACUAUCAGUACAAGAACAAGCAAGAAGCGCAAAACGAUUUCACAGAGGGCUUAUUUGAAAAUGCAACCGAUGUAAACAAUAAUGGCUCCACACAAGUAGACUCGAACAAAGACGAUUGCCUGGGCGAAACGAAAAAGGUCUCAAGGGAAAAUAACAGCUCCUUCCCAACACUGAACAUUGACGACAAGUAUUAUGAGUUGCUGAAAACGGCCAUCAUCAUUUGCCUGAAUGACAUUUUAAUGAAUUCCAUCCCGAAGUUAUUUCAUUUAUACAAGAAUAUCAGCUCCACGACCAACGUAAAAAUUGAAGAUGUGUUAAAUAAGGAGAAGAAAAGAAAGGAGCAGUCCAUCAAGUACCACAUAGAAUACACCCAGAAUUCCAUUGGCGUGUCAUCCCUCAUUCCUUACCUUCGAUUGUUCAGCAUGGAAAUUUUAAACAACGUUCUGCCCUCAACCCAGUCCCUCGAAAUACAAAGGCAGAUCAUCCAUUCCCUCGAUUUGCAGGCCUACAACACGUCCUACUGA